AUUAUUCUUACUAAGUUCUUAGAAAGUCCAGCCGCUAUCAAUCACAACAAUUACAGAUGAUUAAGCAUAUACAUCAUCAGUUUGUUGUUUUACACAUGCACACAGACACUAUUUCAUAGUUGUGAGAUGCAUAAGAAAUCUUUAGACACAACACAAACCAUAAUCCAUAACAACAAAAGACAAUACUUUAUUCAACCUUUUCUGAUAAGAAGUGUGCGCUGCAAACGCGAGCAUUUCUGACGAUAGUUUCUGUCCAGUCCACUCGUUUUAUCUCGUUUAAACACAGCCGUCGUCGGUUUUUUGUCUGGGAGUGGCAGCAGGUAUGCGUUAAAAUUUCAAAUUGGAGCCUGUACUACAUCGAUUCUUGCAUCCAACAUCACAACAAGAUGAUAUUUUAAGCUCCUUAUGUAGCCGAAUCUGCGCUGGUUUGAAUAGGCCGCCUCCAGUUUUCCCUUUGUUUUGCCUCCAGCUAGCGCGGUGACGUAAUCGUGACGCCCGCGCAAAAAGGAGAAGAGCAAGACGCGUCACGCUCAGACUACACGCGCGCAAAGAUAUUUGACUCUCUGCACACCUGCGUGACCCCCUGCAAAGUUUUUCUUCGAUUGGUUUUGACAGAGGGACAUCUUACCUUUUCAACGGCUAGUAAAGGUCCUUAAUGAAAGGUGUGUUUUGUGUUCCUGCCAAGGUGCUUUACUCACAAUAGCAUUAAUGCUGAGGGAGGUGAUGCCACCACCACUCCAGUUGAUGUUGGAAUAGUGAUUGAGGGACUUGGGAGACAACGCUUCUGCAUGUGCACUCUUAAUGGGUGUCAUAUAUGCAAUGAACCUGAACUGAAAACGUUCUUUAAGGUGCUUCAGAAUCUUCCUCCAGCUGGAUGCUACCAGACUCUCAACCAAGAUGGAUUCAGCAUACCUGAGAAAGAUGGCUUUGAUCCUUUACAUGUUGGUAGUUUUCAUCCUGCAUGUGAGCGCUGAUACACAAGGUCAUGCCCCCAAAUGUCCUUUCUUGAAAGUUCCGAGAGGGACUGUCCAUAAAGUCUUCAUAAACCAGAUUUUCAAGAUCUCCUGCAAUGUGACGUAUUGUGAUGAUCAGAAAAUCAAUGUGACAUGGACUAAAGUAACUUUAGACAAAUGGAUUCCAGUAUCUGAAGCAGAUCAGAUGUCAGCAUCACAGAGCUAUUCACCAUCCGAUCCGAAGAUGUUAACUUCAUAUUUAACUUUUGCAAAUAUAUCAAAGCAUCAUGAAGGCUCUUACAGAUGUGAACUAAAGUUACCACACCUCUCUGUGCAUAGCCAUCAUAUAAAUGUUUCUGUCUCAGAAAGAGACAUCACUGAUAGCAGCUCUGGUUCAUAUCCAUGGUGGCUGCCGUAUCUCUUCAUCUGUCUGGGUGCAGUGAUUCUGGUUAUCUUGAUCCUGUGUAUUAAUGCAUUUAAAAAUUCAAGAAGAAAGAACGCACAGAGAGCGCAGGUUCAGUAUACAGAUCUUCUGAAGCGUGAUGAAUAUGUCUGUGUGCAGUACUCAGAAGAAAUACUGUGGCCCGUCAUGACCACACAUCCGUCUGAACAUUAGCACCUGAACGGUCUGCACUGAAUAUGUUAGAUGGGGUGAUGAAACUUUAUCCUGCAUGAGUGAUGAUUGCUUAAGCAAGCUUCACACCAACACCAAUGUCCCCACUGACCUGAAGCUUUUUGCAAGAAUAUAUACUUGUCUUGUAGUUGAUUAUCCAUUGAUAUUUUUGAAAAAAUGUACAAUAAAAGUUUUUCGAAGGCUUAUAUUUAAAGGUGCUGUAUGUAGGAUUGACACCGAGUGGUUGAACUAGGUAUUGCAGGCCAAAUUCAAAAUAUUGCAGACGGUUUUUUUCACCCGGCCCCUCCUCCUCAGACUUGACGCACACGCAGGUUGCCAGAUUAACAACACCAACAGGAACGAGCGCACAUGCCGAUGAAUACAAUUAAAUACGCUGUGUUUUCCGUCAACUGGCAACCCGCGGUGUCGAAAUACAAUUGGGUAAACUGGCAGUGGGCGGGUUUUACAAACCAUAACAAACACAGACAUUCCGGGCCGGAAUGCACAUUUUCAAAGGAGAAUAACUGACUGUAGAAUUGUUUUUCAGAUAAACAAGUAUGUUAACUUAGCAUGUUUCUUAAAUAUCUGCAAACAUAUUAUGGUAUUUUUAUGCUUUAGUAGAGUCAAAAUCCUACAUACAGCACCUUUAAGAGUGACUCAUUUUCCAUAUUGCCUGGAGCUUGAUCACAUCUAUUAUGAGUUUAGACAAAUGAAAACUUACAUGUAAUGACUGUUGCAUUUGAUAUUCUCCAGAUAUGCUAUAUACCAGGAUAAUUAAUUAUGAAAUGCAAUGAUAUUCUGCAUAAUGAUGUUUCACUUUGGCUUGAUUCACCCUAAUAUAACACUUAAUAAAAACCAGUAGAUGGAGCCAUGCCUCUAAACACUGAUCUUGUCUAUAUAAGCACUUGACUAGAAUUUAAAUAUAAAUGCAUUGCAUCUUUAAAUAAAUACAGUUAUGUUUAGUUUUUGUCCAUGUUUCUGAGCACUUUAUAAGAUAAGCCUUAGGGGAACAUAUAGUGAAGUGGCUUACUCUGUGAAUGUACUUAUAUGGUUACAACUGUAUCACCACAUCCUUUUGUAUUGAUUGCAAAGCUAUAGCCAAUAUUUUAUUAAGACUUUGAAUAUCAUGGCUCGAAAAUUACUCGCA